AUGAAGGCCCAGAAGAACACAAAAGGGAAGGCUCUAGGGGGGCCUAACCGGGAAGUCCUCUACGAGACGUUCGGGCUCUACACCCACGGCGGCGUCUACGGCAUCACCACGAAGACAAAGUCGGAUGAAGACCUCGUGAGAUACCUGAAUCGGAUCGGACGACACCUACUACCGGAAGGGGCAAGCUGGUCGUCAAUCACGGUCAUCAAGGGAUGCAGUGCAGAGCCACAUCACGACUUCAACAACCAACGUGGCAGCGAGAACUUCGUCUUCACCACCGGGGGCAGGGAUCCCGGACUCGUCUGGAUCGAGGAAAAGGAGCUCACUGAGGGCCAGGCUCAUGCGGACGAUGUCAAGUGGAAGAACAUCAAUGGCCGUGGCUGGGUACCUGGACGGCUGCACCGUUCCCACAACAAUGUCAUUCACUUUGACCCCUUUCUGAAGCACGCAACGCUGGAUUGGGACGAGGACAAAUGGUGCGCGGUGUUUCACACGACAAAAAGUAUGAGAGAGAUUUCGCCUGAGCUUGCCAAGUACCUCAAGAACCUCGAGUUCAAACUGCCCCGACCGGUGCCGGCCAGCAGAGGGAGCUCAGGGACCAUGCCGAGGAAGAGUACGAGGAGGACAAUCUUCAGCAACGCGGCCAAGCUUGGGGUCAUGCUUACAUCGCUAGCCCUGGCUACCGACUCUUUCCUUGGGCGCGGCGUGUACUCAGACAAAGUCCACUCCCCUAUCGUGAUGUUCGAGAUCGGUGGCGUGGGCGGUACCGAAGAGGCGGUCAAGCUGGACAAGGACGUCUUCGAGCCGAUGACAUGGGAAAGAUAUGGAACGUGUGAGGGAAAGGAGGCCGCUUACCACAUCGUGAAUGGAGGCUACCCACGGGAGCUACGCAUCAACCUCUACGGCAAGUCUGGCGGAGAUGAUGAGGCGCUAUGUGACCUUAUCGGACACCAGAUCAAUAGCGGAGGAUCGGCAGUCAUUGUUGGUGAUAAGGACGACAGCUUGUUCGGGCAGCUCGGACGCGGUGAUGUUGAUGACAGCUGCCGUCAGUUCCAUAGAGAGGACGAGGGCAAGAUCACCGUCGUCUACUACAAGGCGAAGGUCGGAGGGCGAUGCGUGGUCGGAGCAGAACGGGCUCAUGACGUUUUCGUGGUGGACGGAGGACACGACUUCAGCGCAAUCGGUGGCAGGGGCAAUCCAGGUGGGGUGUAUCCAGUGGAUGGCUCAGCCAUCAAGUUCGAUGCGAGUACGCCCCCGGAGAUCGCUACUUCACUCAGACGCAUGGACCAGAACCUCGGCCACCCCCGGCGCGAGGAAUUGCUUCGGCAUUUGAGGUUAGCUGGAUGUGGUGAAGAAGUGCUCAAAGCGGUGAGGUCUAUGACAUGCGAGGUAUGCGCUGCCACAGGUGGCCCCAAGAGCCAAAGGCCAAGUGCCCUUCCUCAUAUGUUGGACUUCGGUGAACUUCUCGGCGUAGAUAUCUUCUACGCGCACGACGCGAACGACGUCAAGCACACCUUCCUCUCCAUUGCAGACUAUGGGACGACCUUCCACCAAGUCGUACGAGUUGAUGGACAAUCCGCCGGGGACAUUGAGGACGCCUUUAACACCCUCUGGAUCGUACCUUACGGCGCGCCUAAGUCCAUUGCAGUUGACCUCGAUGGUGGUCUACAAGCAGGUCUCGCGCGCCUUUGUGACUGGCACGGAAUAGACAUCAGGAGCGUUGCGGCCCAAGGUCAUUGGCAAGCUGGGAUUGUCGAGAGGCAACAAGCGUGGUGGAAGAAUGUCUGGGAGAGGAUCGUGCACGAGUUGACGAUUACCGAGGACGAGGUCGAUAUCGCCGUCCCCAUCGUUUCCGCGGCAAAGAAUGACCUGAGAAGGAGGUGCGGUUACAGUCCAUCACAAUGGGUAUUCGGCCGAGGUCCUCGACUUCCUGAAGAACUACGCGACCCUGACAGUGGAGAGAGGGUCUCUUGGGACGUUUCAGCCGAGGCCAGGUUUCAAAGACAAUCGGUCAUCCGGGCCUCAGCGAGGGUGGCAUUCCACAAUAGUCAGCUCGACAGCAGGCUAAGGAAGGCGCUCCUACAGAGGGCCAGGACUACAAGCCGGAAGCUCGACGUCGGUGAGACGGUACACUUCUGGCACCAGCGCAAAGAUCGACGUCGGGGUCAGUGGGAAGGUCCUGGCAUCAUCGUGGGCACCGAAGGCGGCAACUACUGGAUAUCAAAAGGGGGAAGGUGCCGGCUCAAGGCACCCGAGCAUGUGAGGCCUUCAUCGCCAGAGGAGGUCGGAGAGUACUUUGUUAUGAAAGGGACGAAGCGCGAAAUCGAGAAGCUACUUGAAGGAGAUCCAGACGACCCGGCCACCUUCGACGAUGGAGGAGAGGAGCUUGAGGACGAGGAACACGAGGGCAUGGACCUGGAUGGUGACGAGGAUGAUGGCUAUGGAGUCGGUGAGAUCGAGCUUGGACCCGACCCCGAAGAUGAGGAGACGGGAGAGAUUGCCAGUGGACCACCAAGAAGAAGGUUGAAGCGUAAGAUGAGACCCGACGAGCUACCUGGAGACAGCUACGAGGCAAUGAUGCUCAAGACGGACUUGACGAGGCGCGGCGUCGAAAAGAGAAAGGAGAAAGAGCUACGCUGGAACGAGAUCCCCGACGACAUGAAGGACGACUUCCGCUCAGCCGAAGUCACCCAAUGGCAGGAGCAUCUGAGCUUCGAUGCUCUGGCCCCGUUGACGUCAGAGCAGUCAGCAGAGGUCAGGAGAACAAGUCCCUUGGAAAUGCAAAUCCCGGUUGGUUAUAGCCGGACAUACGCCAAUGGACUCAAGGAGUCGGACCCCUGGCACAUGGCGGCAGGGGAUAUCCGGUGCGCAUUUCUGACGGGCAGCUACCUGACCAGGGAGCUCUACAUCCACCAGCCGGCCACCGGCUUUCCGGAUAUGAAUCCGGGGGAUCUGGUCCGGGUCAAAAAGAAUGUCUUUGGGCUGGCUACGUCACCUCAUGAGUGGUGGUUGGACCUACAGGAUGGGAUCUACGCCACCAAAGUGACCGUCGGAGGCAAGGACUACUACUUCGAGCAGUGCGACCUUGACCCCUGCAUCUUCAUGCUGCGCGAGUACCUCGAUGGCAAGUUCGUGGGUAGGCCAUUGGCAUUUAUAGGAUGCCACGUCGACGAUAUACUCAUCGCCGCGCCCGAGAGCUUCAUGAAAGCGAUGCAAGCAGGGCUGUCGGCAACUUUCCCCAUUGAGACGUGGGAAGAUGAUGAGUUCGAGUUUUUAGGUUCCCACUUCAGCAUCGUCGACAACGAGGUCCACAUCAACCAGUCGAGGUACGCUUCCACGAGGCUGUUCAGCCUCGACAUCCCCAAAGGAGCUCAAGACGACGAACCGGCCCCCCAGGAGUUGGUAGCCGACAAUAGGUCCCUGAUUGGAGCCCUGUCAUGGAUGUCGGCCCAGAGCAGGCCGGACUUGACAUGCUCUGUGAGCAUGGCGCAGCAACUACAGCAAAGUCCGUGCUACGGGGACAUCAGGUUCACCAACUCCGUGGCUGCGAAGGCGCGAGACUACAAGGAGCACGGCCUGCGGUUCAAGGCCAUCGACGGAGACAGACUGAUGAUCAUCUGCUACCACGAUGCGGCUUGGGCGAACGUCCCGGAGCCGGACCCCGAGGAGACCUACUACCAGCUGACUGCGGAGGACAACGAGGCGGGACUUCAGAGAGAGGCCCCAGACUCCUACAAGCGCAGUGGACGGAAGGCAAAGAAGGGGACUUCGAAGGUGGCAUCGCAGCUUGGAUGCCUUGUCCUCUUCGCCGACAGGGGGUCGAUCAGUGGACAGCCUGGAGUCUUCAGCAUAGCCGACUGGAAGUCUAGAGCAGGACAAAGAGUGUGUAGAUCGACCUUCGGCGCCGAAACACAAGCGUGUGUUGAGGGCUUGGAAACCGGCCAAUACAUGAGAUCCCUCUACGAGACCCUCACCAAUGGCGAGUUCACCGGAGUCAACGAGGCGAUCACCCCAGUCCUAUGCCUUUCUGACUGCAGGAGUCUCUUCGAUCACCUCACCAAGCAAGGAGUUCCCCGGGUGCCGAGCGAUAAACGCUUGGCAGUCGACUUGGCUGCCCUGAGGCAGUCUCUGAAGUCUGAGAGGAUCAACGGCCAUCUGCCGAUAGCAUGGGUACCGGGCGAAACACAGCUCGGGGAUAUUUUGACCAAGCCCCAGAAUCCUGCUAGCUGGUGGGAACGGCUCCAAGAGUCACUUUUGAUCCCCAUCGGCAUAGCCGAGCAGGGAUCUUUGAUCAGCAACAGAGCUGGAAGAUCGGGAACCAGUGUGAAACCUGAGGUUUUUGUGAAUCAUGAUAAUGUCUUUCCUUACGAGUAUUGCUUCGAGAAGUGGCCCGAUCUCUCCAAGCCCUGCUGA